UCAGCUGUGGUAGCUGACAGCAAAAGGGAGAUCCUUUUUUUUAUUAUUAUUAUUGCCUUUUGAAGAGGACUGAAAAGGUAAACACUUACCUUUGCCACCUCAUUUUUUCCCAAGAAUCUUCUUCAUCUGGUGGAGAGCCUCAAGUGAACAAUCAUGUGGGAGUUCCGGUCUAUGAAUUUUUGGCGGGCAGUCUUUGCAGAGUUCUUCGGGACUAUGUUCUUCGUAUUUUUUGGCAUGGGCGCUGCCCUGCGCUGGACCACCGGGCCUCAUCAUGUCCUGCAUGUGGCCCUGUGCUUUGGAUUGGCAGCUGCCACUCUCAUCCAGUCCAUUGGCCACAUUAGUGGCGGCCACAUCAACCCUGCCGUCACUUUUGCCUACCUUGUUGGGUCACAGAUGUCGUUUUUCCGCGCCAUUUUCUACAUUUUUGCUCAGUGCCUGGGUGCUGUAGCUGGAGCUGCUGUGCUGUACGGGGUCACACCUGGCAACAUGAGGGGCAACAUGGCUAUGAACAUGCUACAGCCUGGCAUGAGCCUGGGAAUGGCCACCACAGUGGAGGUUUUCCUCACCAUGCAACUUGUCAUCUGCAUUUUUGCUGUGACUGAUGAGAGAAGGAACGGUCGUCUUGGAUCUGCUGCCCUCUCCAUUGGCUUCUCCGUCACCAUCGGUCAUCUCAUGGGGAUGUACUAUACCGGUGCUGGAAUGAACCCUGCUAGGUCCUUUGCCCCUGCUGUGAUCUUCAGAAACUUUAUCAACCACUGGGUGUACUGGGUCGGGCCUAUGAUAGGAGGUGCCAUGGGUGCCCUCCUGUAUGAUUUCAUGCUGUUCCCCCGCAUGAGGGGUCUGUCUGAGCGACUGGCUACACUGAAGGGCAGUCGGCCUCCAGAGAGCGAGACCCAACAAGAUACCCGUGGGGAGCCAAUCGAGCUCAAGACGCAAGCCCUAUAAACCUGCUCCUGCCCUACUUCUCUGACUGGGGCCAAAGGAUGAGGGAGAAGAACCCCACCUCAGCCGCCCCCACCCCAUGCUUUUACAUACACCAUCGCACAAAAACUAACCCAAAUACUCAAAUGUAGACUAACAAGUAAUAAUAUUCUAAGGUUUUUAAGGUUUACCACCUUCAACCUCAAAACACAACAAGACUCCUCUACCCCCAGUCAUCACUUUGUAUUCCUAACUGGACACUUUUUUUUUUUUUUUUUACAUAAAUGGCGACCAAAGCCUGAACCAGUAGCCGUCUCAUGUCUCCCUCCCCGCUUGCUUCCUCCUCCCAGCCAGACAUUUGUCUGCUAUGCAG